AUGGGGAAAGGCUACAGCGCUACAAUCGCGUCCAAUCCGGUACGUUCCUUCGCAUGUAUCGGUGGUGGGCUGUUCGGACUGGACAUCUCGUCCAUGUCUGGUGUUCUUAACAACCCCGCCUACGAGGACACCUUCGGACAUCCGGAUUCAAGCCAUCAAGGGGCAAUCGUUGCCGCAAUGCCUGGCACCUCUUUCAUCGGCGCAUUGGCCGUCAGCAAGCUCGCAGACAACGGAUGGAUAUGGGUUAUCGGCAGCAUCCUGCAAUGUGCCGCUGUGGACCGUGGAAUGCUCGUUAUGGGGCGAGUUGUAUCUGGGCUUGCGGUUGGAAUUGCCUCGACGAUCGUUCCUAUAUAUCAAUCUGAGAUUACUGCCCCUGCUAUCAGAGGAAGGCUGUUCGUCGAGUUCGGGUGUUCGUACAUUAAUGGAGUUGCAUCUUUCCGAAUUCCAUGGGGUUUGCAGAUUAUCCCUGCGAUCGUGCUCUCGAUGGGCAUGUUGUUGUUCCCAGAGAGUCCUCGUUGGCUUGUGGAUCAUUAUCGUUCCAAAGAAGCCUUCGAGAUUCUUGCCGACUUGCAUGGCGGGGGCGAUACCAAGGCUUCGCUUGUACAGCUCGAAUACAGUGAGAUCCAGGAACAAGUCUCAUUCGAGCGUGCUGAAGGCACAAAGAGCUACUUGGAUCUCCUCAAGCCGGGCAUCCGGCGUCGGGUUGGGCUAGGCUGUGCAUUGCAGAUGUGGAGCCAGCUGACAGGCAUGAACAUCAUGAUGUACUACAUCGUCUACGUCUUCGAAGGCGCAGGUUUAACCGGACGACGUGGAAAUCUCAUCGCUGACUCCAUUCAAUACGUUCUGAACGUUGCACUUACCUUUCCUGCCAUCAUUCAUAUUGAUAAGUGGGGUCGCCGACCGAUGCUUCUUGUCGGAACCAUGGGGUUCUGGCUUAUGCUCGUGGGUGGACUGCAGGGCCGCUUCGGACACUGGGGUGAAGUCGAUGGUGACAGAGUUUCGGUGAUCACGGGCAAUAUGGCCGCAACGAAGGCGAUCAUCGUGUCGUGGACGUAUCCUGCAGAGAUCUUCCCUAUGAAAGUCCGCGCAAAGGCUGUCUCUCUCGCGACCGCCGUAAACUGGAUCUUUAAUCUCGCUCUCGCGUUUGCCGUCCCGCUUGGCUUAUCAUCAAUAGCAUACAAGACCUAUUUCAUCUUCGGCACGUUCAACUUCGCGGCCUUCAUCCACAUUUUCUUCUGCUUCCCAGAAACUGCGCAGCGCUCGCUCGAGGGGGAUGUCGGGAAGAAGCGUAUCGAGGACGUGCACGUUCACUCUGGAGAGAAGGUAGGCGUCGAAACAACCUGA